AAAUUGGAAUGUUUACUCGACGUGGUUUACGGCAGCCGGUGUAAGGAACGAGGUUGGAGCUUCGUACGCCUCUUCAGUCGAAUGCUUCUUUUUCAGCAUGUUAGUUUCUUUUUGUCCCACGGAUGAAGGCACUUUUUAAAUUUGCUGCCUGUUUGAAUCCACACGGCAGAAGCAGUCCUUGGAAAAUUUAUCAGGUAGUAGGAUGGAUCCUGUCGUGCUGAGCUACCAGGACAGUCUACUUCGACGCUCUGAUGUGUCCCUCCUCGAAGGAAACCACUGGCUGAACGACCAAAUCAUCGGAUUUACCUUUGAGUACUUUGCCAGUGAGCGUUUUCGACUCCUGGGGGAGAGUGUCGUCUUCGUCAGUCCCCAGGUCACUCAGUUUAUCAAGUGCGCUUCCUGCCCGGAGGAGUUGGCCGUGUUUCUUGACCCUCUGGAUCUGGCGUCACGUCAUCGCAUCUUUUUGGCUGUGAAUGACAACGAUGACGAGAGCGCUGGCGGCUCACACUGGAGCCUUCUGGUGUACCAUCAUAAAUCCAACCACUUUGCUCACUAUGACUCUCAAAAUGCCAGCAACUCCCAGCAUGCCCAGCGCAUUGCUAACAAACUAGAACCCAUUUUGGGUGCAGGAACGAAAGCCUUGUUUGCAGAGGAGCCCACUCCUGCACAAGAGAACAUAUAUGACUGUGGCAUGUAUGUUAUUUCUAUAGCUGAGGCCUUGUGUGAGAAGCCACACCGGGCUUUGCAAACUCUCACCCCACCCUUUAUUAAGCAGAAGAGAGCAGAAUGGUGCAAAAUUAUCCGGUCUCUCACUCAGAGUGAACUCUGAUGCACUCUGAUGGUCACUGUAUGCAAAGUUGCAUGUACAUGAGUGGAUUAAAACUUUGGUACGCCUCUCAGUGAAAGAAAAUUUCUCAAUAAUUGUUACUGAAAUAAACAAUACUAUUGAAUGCAAUUUCAAACUUUGGUCAGUUUCAAGUAGUUUCAGUGGUCAUUAUAGACUACCAACAAGUUUGCCUGUGUAUCCUCUAUAGAGCUAUAAUGAUGCACUUCUAAUAAAACAAAUCAUAUUUCAAUAACAGUCAGUCUGCAAUGGAAGAAAGUGACACUAUUUUUGACUCUUUUAUGAUUCAUUCAACCAGCACUGUCAUGUUUAUCUCUAAUGUAAGCACUGCAACACGAGAUGUGGAAACCCACGAACACCAGCGUGCCUAUAAAAGGCAUGUUGUCGGUUAUACGUUUUAAGUGAGGACGGAGGCAGCAUAAUCUGUCAUUUUGCUCCAUUGUAUGAGUUUGGGGCCAGACUCAGAUGGACUAGAAUUGACAGAAUGUGACUUUGAUGCCAUAACUGUAGUCUUGGUUCUCGUCACGCUGGAAUUUGAAAAGUGGUCUGUCUGCAACACUGUUGGGUUGAAUCCUCUUUUAGAUUAUUUUAAUAAAAUUAGUUUUAUCCUAA